UUUCGCGUCGCUCCCUUUGUCAUUUCAAAGCCAGACAGGCUAAACAUUAACAACAAAGCUAAGGUCUAGUAUAAGAUCGAAAUAGGGUCCGACUGCGUGGCAUACCCUGUCGAUCUACCGCGCCAGAUGGAGCACCUGGACCCUCAUCAACGGCCCCCAGACGGUGUCAGGGAUGUCUACAAAAGGUACCAGAAGAUGAAGCCCAAACAAUUGGACCAAGACCCCGACAUUGUGGACCUACCAAACAGCCUGCAUACGUCAGCCAAGGAACAAGUUCGCAUCGUCGAGGAGUGGAGUGGUCACGACUUGACCGCUGCUUUCCGGGCAUUUAGCGGUCAAGACGAGCAGUACGCAGUCUUGCCUGCAAGGAUACCAGUGUACGAGCACGUAAACAUGCCAGGCCUCCAUAUCGUCCCCGACCUCCUCCCCCCCUCAAUCCAGAUUCUCCUUCUCUCACGCCUUCUCCACCGCGACCUGUCUAACCCAGCACACCUCACCAACAUCCACACACACUACACCCUCUCCUACCCACCCUCCCAAUCCUCCUUCUUCUCGCACCCUCCCACAAGCACAUCCCCCAUCGCUACCCCUCUGGACCCUACAGUCCACAAACCGCUCUCCGUCCCGCAGCUCCUGAACAAGAAAAUGCGCUGGACCACCCUCGGCGGCCAGUACGAUUGGACUGAGAAGCGGUACCCGCCGACCGCGCCGCCGCCGUUCCCCGCGGAUAUCAAGGCCUUGUUGGAAAGUAUCUGGACGCGCACCCGCGCCGAGGCGGCGAUCGUGAAUCUCUACUCGCCAGGGGACACGCUGAGUGUGCAUCGCGACGUCGCGGAGGCGAGUCCGCACGGGCUGGUGUCCGUCUCUCUGGGGUGCGACGCUGUGUUCGUGAUCGGCACGUCCUCGCAAGCACCGGGAGACGGGGUGGAGGAGAAGAUUGUCACGCUCCGGCUGCGCAGUGGCAGCGCGGUGUACAUGUCAGGUCCGAGUCGGUUUGCGUGGCACGGCGUGCCGCAGAUUGUCAGGGGGACGUGUCCGGAGUAUCUGGCUGGGUGGCCGGCUGGAGAGGGGGGGUUCGAGGAGUGGGGAGGUUGGAUGUGUGGGAAGAGGGUGAAUCUGAAUGUGCGGCAGAUGUGGGAUUGAGGUAUUGUAGAUCGAACAGACAGCGCAUGUCCGCUGCAUCGGCAUGCAGAAGAGAAUAUCUUCACCUCUUCUAUCAUGCCUUGUUGUACCAUCACUACAUCCACACAACCCCGUGACGUCACCGCGUCCAACGAAUACAAACCACACCUCACCACCUAACAGACAUCGACAGUCUGCAUCCCGAGGCCCCCAAAUAC